GGGGGAAAUGCAGCUCUGCUAGCCUCGGGUUCAGUUUGACCACCAUUUAUUUGUGUUGCAAGCUUAGGGGGUGUGGCCCAUACGAAAGUUACCAACCCUACCUUCUUUCUACCCUUUGGUAGUUUGUAAGGUUUAUAUAUAUUUUUGAGCUUCAUAGGAUAUUAACAGUACACUUAUUCUGAGUAUCAGUGACUCUCUUCAAACAAUUAAUGAUACAAUUAAUGUUACUGGACAUAAUGUAUACACUUAUACUCAAAACCUGUGUCCUUGUAAUGAAUAUACUUUUGAAUUGACACUGUCUAUGCCAAGUUGCAAUCAACAAAGCAUUAGAAUCAUAUCUACAGAAGCACCAAAUCCUGGCAAUGUAUCUGCAUUAUAUCUAACCAAUGAAACAUUAAUAAUAAAAUUUCAAAUACAUCAGUUCUUCAUAAAUAAUAUUCAGUUGCUUUUGGUUGGAGCUAAUACUUUAAAUACAUUAGGUCCAUUAGAUAUUAACAGUCUUCAAUAUAUUGAUGAGUUUUAUAUUAUACACUGGAAUAUAAAACUAAAUGAUCAUUCAUUGUAUUACCUAACAGUAUCAGCAAUUGGUACAUAUGGAACUAGUACUUCAACAGAAAUAAAUACAUAUAAUGUAAAGGAUAUAAUAAUAGAGAGGGAUGAAGAUAUUGUCUGCUUUAUUUGUGUUACUGAAGUGCUUAAUGAAUGUCAGUUAAUGAUAACAACACUGAUACCACAAUCAAUGCAAACUAAUGGAACAUGUUAUUCAUUUACUGAUAAUGGAACAUACACUGUAUAUGCACAUGAUAUUGAGAAUGGAAUAAAGAUACUGACACCAGCAAUAGUUAUAGAAUAUACAGUGGACUGGAUUGAACCAAUUAUACCCCUGAUACCAUCAGACACAGUGAGUAUUACAUUUUCAAGCACUGAAGAGUUUAUUAUAUACCAAACAAGCAGCAAAGGAUUGAUAUUCUCAAUGUAUAGUUCAGCAAUGCUAACUACUACUACUACUACUACUGCUGCUGCUACUACUACUACUGCUACUACUGCUGCUAUUACAACUAAUACUACUAAUGUUGGUUAUCAAAGUCAAUCACAGGUAGUACUGGGAGUUCUCCUUGGACUCACAACAAUUGCUGUUCUCAUACUAUCACUAGCAAUGAUUAUAAUACUGAGGAAAAAAGGUAAAGCAAAGUCCGAAAAUUCUAUACUCCAUACUCAAGAGACUUCUGAUGAAAACCAAGUCGCCACAAAAGAAGAUUCAGCAUCAUAUGAAAUGAUACGCAAUGAAAUACCAUCAACUAAUGUCGAUAACCACAGCAACUAUACUUCCCUUAUUAUCAGUACUACUGAUAAGUCAACCAUAUAUGAUACCCCAGAAACAAGGCCUCAAGUCUCAUCUUGCCCAGUUGGGGGAACUUUAAAUGAUCCAUUGUACAUAUAACUCAUAAACAUAAGACACACAUAAACAAAAAGUAAUGUAGUAUGGUGUGCAAAUGCUGCACAAAUUUAUGCUUAAUAUAGUGAAGUAAAAUUUAGCAAACAACUUAGCAAAUAAUGUUAGUAUGUAUGCACUGUUAAAUGAUUAUAAAUGAUAGUAAAUUAUUUUCGUUGUGGUUUGUGUUAUGUAAUCUAUGUGAUGUACUAUAGUGUGCAUUAGUUUUGUAUGUUACUAUCUCUCUCUCUUGAUGUUCUUUUUAAUUCUGUCUCUGUGAUUCUUCUCUCUCAGUUUUACUCCUUAAGAUCAUCAGUUCAUUUAUAGCCUAA